CCCUCGCGGAGCAGCCGCUGCUUGCGCGGUCCGGCCGCACCCGCGGUGCUCCUCCGGCGUGCAUGUUAAUGCGCGGUAAUUGCCCGGAGAGGAGAGGCGGGGCGGAGCGAACUGCCGGCCGCCUGCCCGCCCUCCCUCCCUGCUGCUCCCCCCCUGCUGCUCCCCCCGCCGCCUCUCAUCCCCGGCCUCCCUGAUGCCGAGGAAUGGAUAGAGCGGCUGCUCUGCGAGCCGCCGGCAUGCUGGAGAGGAAGGAGCGGAGCGGCGGCGAGGCGGCGGCCGGCGGCGGCGCGGGGCCCCGGGCGGGCGCGGCGGCGGCGCGGGGCUUGCCGGCCGUGCGGAGCACGUUGCAGCAGUGCGGGCUGCUGCAGGACCUCAUCGACAUCUCGCUCUCUAACCUGCGCGGGCUUCGCACCAAGUGCGCCGCGUCCAACGACCUCACCCAGCAGGAGAUCCGCACCCUGGAGGUGAAACUGAUUGACUACAUCCGGAGACAACGGCAGUGUAAGCUGAGUGUGCCCCUGAAUGACAGGACAGCAGAGCUCAACAGCUACCCAAGAUUCAAUGACUGGUUAGACAUUGUCAAUGUGAGGAAAGAAGUUGUACAGAGAAUACCAGAGGAGCUAACCUUAGAUGCCUUACUAGAAAUGAAUGAGUCAAAGGUGAAAGAAACAAUGAAGAGAUGUGGUGCCAGAGAUGAGGAGUGCUCCAGGCUCAAUGGGGCACUGAGCUGCUUACGGAAGGUGACUGAAUCAGGUGGGGAGUUAAAAGAUGAUGUGCUGAUGAAUCUUUCUGAGGCACGCCGAGAGAACAGCUCUACAAACACGACUGAAUCCCCCUGCUCCUCUGUGCCCACAUGGACUCCCUCUGCACUGCACCUUCCCAAGGGCAACAGCCAGCAGGCACGUUCUGUGUCAGUAUCUACAAUCCCAUCUUCAGAUUCUCUUGCCUCAAGUCAUGGACCUUCUAUCUAUGCAGAAAACCUCCUGGACCCUUUUGCGUUCCCCGCACACAGUGGAAGGUUAACACCAAGGACUCCCCACAGCAUCACCAUCACCCCACCAACCACUCCUCAAGCCAAGAGACGGCAUAAAUUGAAGCCACCACGGACUCCUCCUCCCCCUUGCCGGAAGGUUUUUCAGCUGCUACCUAACUUUCCAACCCUCACAAGAAGCAAGUCUCACGAAUCACAGUUAGGAAACAGGAUAGAUGAAGUUCCUCCAAUAAAGUUCGAACUCUCCCAAGGCUCCCCUCAAAUGGUACGAAGAGACUUUGGCUUAGCUGUAACACACAGGUUCUCUACAAAGUCUUGGUUAUCUCAGAUUUGCCAAGUCUGUCAGAAAAGCAUGAUGUUUGGGGUGAAGUGUAAGUACUGCAGAUUAAAAUGUCACAACAAAUGUACUAAAGAGGCACCUGCUUGUAGAAUAUCCUUCCUUCCCAUAACAAAAAUAAGAAGAACAGAGUCUGUCCCUUCUGAUAUCAAUAAUCCAAUAGACAGACCAACAGAACCACAAUUUGGAACUCUUCCCAAAGCACUAACUAAAAAGGAGCAUCCACCAGCAAUAAAUCAUCUGGACUCUAGCAGUAAUCCUUCUUCUACAACCUCAUCCACACCAUCUUCUCCAGCACCUUUCCAGUCUUCCAACCCUCCCAGUGCAACACCUCCCCCAAACCCAUCUCCUAUGGGCCAGAGGGAUGGACGAUUUAACUUCCCAGCUGCCUACUACAUUCAGCAUAGACAACAAUUUAUCUUCCCAGAAAUUCCCAGUCCUGCACAAAUAGCACAGCCUCCAGAAACAGCUGCAGACACUAAUGAUCACGAACAGCCAGACACAGAUGGAGUUGAAUGUGAAGCAGAGGUGGAAGAACCAGAGACUAAUAAAUCAGAACCUGAAGAUGACGAUGAUGAGGUGGAAGAUUUGCCAAACAGACGGCCACACUUGCAAGGGAUGAUUUAUCGCAAACCUAGCCAGACCAGCGUCUACCUGCAAGAAUGGGACAUUCCCUUUGAACAGAUUGAACUGGGGGAUCCUAUUGGCCAAGGACGAUGGGGGAAGGUUUACAAGGGCAAAUGGCAUGGGGAAGUGGCCAUCAGGCUGUUGGAGAUAGACGGGAACAAUCAGGAUCACCUCAAGCUCUUUAAAAAGGAGGUGAUGAACUAUAGACAGACCCGGCAUGAGAACGUGGUACUUUUCAUGGGAGCAUGCAUGAACCCUCCUCAUUUAGCAAUCAUUACCAGCUUCUGCAAAGGAAGAACGCUUCACUCUUUUGUAAGGGACCCCAAGAUAUCCCUGGAUAUUAACAAAACCAGGCAAAUAGCACAGGAGAUCAUUAAGGGCAUGGGGUAUCUUCACGCAAAGGGGAUUGUACAUAAGGAUCUGAAAUCCAAGAAUGUUUUCUAUGACAAUGGGAAAGUUGUGAUCACUGACUUUGGAUUAUUUGGAAUUUCGGGUGUGGUUCAGGAAGGAAGGAGGGAGAACGAAUUGAAGCUGCCUCAUGACUGGUUAUGCUACCUGGCCCCUGAGAUUGUUCGUGAGAUGGCCCCUGGGAAAGAUGAAGACAAGCUGCCUUUCUCCAAAGCUGCAGAUAUCUAUGCCUUUGGGACUGUGUGGUAUGAGCUCCAAGCACGAGAAUGGCCUUUCAAGAACCAGCCUGCGGAGGCACUCAUCUGGCAGAUUGGAAGUGGCGAAGGAGUGAAACAAGUCCUUGCAACUGCUAGUUUGGGGAAAGAAGUCAACGAAAUUCUCUUGGCGUGCUGGUCGUUUGAUGUCAAUGAGAGACCUAGCUUCACUGUCCUCAUGGAUAUGCUUGAAAAACUGCCAAAACUGAAUCGUCGGCUCUCACACCCAGGGCAUUUCUGGAAGUCUGCUGACAUUAACAGUAGCAAAGUUGUCCUGCGUUUUGAAAGAUUUGGCUUGGGAAUCCUGGAACCAAGUAAUCAAAAGAUAUAGCAUGGUGUGUAAUUGUCUUGUGAUAAUGUUGUCUGCCUACUUACACAAAGCAUCAGGAGUCUUCACUGAAUCUUCCAAGCUAUGAAACUGGUGCAGCCACAGCCGAAAGCCGCACGACCAUCAAUUCACAGUCCUGUGUUGUUUGCAAAGUCUGAAUUCUGCCUGAGCACCAGCAGUUAUUUAAAGAAUGUUUACAUGAUACUUUUGUGUGAACUAUAUUUUUUUAAACAUAAUAAACAGUGAAUCAAGUUUAACUACAGCCAUUCUCAAAUAGCACUGAAAAAAGAAGAACUAUUUCUAGUUCCUUCUUGUGUCUGUGGUAAAUAGGAGCUAUCUUCUGCCUUCAAAGCAUUUGCUUUCCCCAAGAGAAGUGGAACUGGCUUGUUUCAGAAUGGCAGCACGCCCAGUACAAGGCGUUGGAGUUCCAGAUUGCAUUUUCCUUUCACUAAGGUAAAAAUCGGUCUAUUACACUGUGAUCUGCCCAACCAACGAUGGAGCUCUGAGGUUUGUUUCAGCAGGCUUGGUCCAAAGUUCUGGGUUACCUUGAAUUAAGUUACACUAGUACAAAUCGACUUCCGACAGGAGAGCUUCUGAUCACGUAGGCUGUCUCAUUUAAAACCUCAAGCGCUCUUCUACACAGAACUUGCAAGAAAAGCUGCUUGUUCUCAUACAAUCCCGUAGGAAGCUUAAGACUUGCUGACCUUUAAAAAAAUAAUAAAACUAUGGCUUGUUAUAGCUCUGUGCACUUGGGCCUAAUUCUUCUUUUGAAGUUCUAGGCACAACAAGCUCUAGUCCCCUAAACCAGCAGCUUUUCUGGAGAUACAACACCGACCAAACAGACGUGACUUACUGCCCCAGUCACCAUUUCAGUUGAAGAAGAAAAGACAUUUUCCAGAGCUGCCGGGAGAGGCAAGAGAGACAAGACAAGGGAAAAAGCCUUCCAGAAUAAUGCAUUAAGUAAGGUCUUGAUGCAUGGAACUUAUUAAGAGAUUCAGAGUCAUACACACACACUGUUACCAGCUCCUGUAGUUGGUCACAUUUAAGUUUGCGAGCUGUUUGUUUUUAAAAUUUCAGGACUAAAGCAGUUGUUUAGGGAAAAAGCUAACAACAGAAAUCUCGCAGCCAGGAAGGUUGCAUCUGGGUCUAGAGGACCUGACCCAACCCAACAGAGUAGACUUGUUGCAAAGGUUGAUUUUAAGACAAAUAUCCCCACACGCCCUCUCCAAUGUGUAAUGUGCAGGUUAUAAACGAUACAUCUGAUUACUGCAUUUAAGGUGACCAAUGCAUUACCCCACUUGCAACUGAAUCGCAAGCAGCACUAACAAAGGCUCCCUCGUGCCCCCCGUUCGUAUUCCCCUGCCUUCUCCUGCCAGCCAGGGCAGUGGGAGGACCCUAAUUUUACAAUGGACAUUCAGAUCCAUUCUGUCCUUAUAGUACUUCAUUUUGUUGAGAUGGUUCAUUAAGGCUCCCUGGAAGUCACCAAAUGUCAUUUCUCCAACGGCACUAAUAUGUUACACAGACCCCCCUACACCUUCACCGUCAUCACGAGGGUGUGACGUGAGGCUCACAGCGAGAGGAGCUCUGCAGUCCUCUGUAAGGUGGGCAAGGUGGCAGGCCCUCAGUUUGGCUACUUACGGGUGGCUGAUUUCUGUAGAAAAUCAAGUGGCAAAAAAAUUUCCUGAGUUCUGUUGAGCAGAGAGCUUCACUCCUACCUUGUGCAAGUCGGCUACAUUCUCUUACAGAUCUUUUGAUAGAAUGACUUUUUAAAUGUGUCUCAGAUACAAAAGAACAAAUCAGUUUGGUGGCGGCCAAGCGUGGCAUUGCGGUACUCUUCUGACCUCCUUCCUCUCCCCCACCUUUAUAAAGCAAAUAAGCCCCCUCCAAACACACUGCGUAUUUAACCUACACCACAUGGUUCUCUUCAAGACUUGCUACCGUUUGUUCUCUCUCAAAACGUGUGUGUCAGCAGUUUUAAGCAGAAGUUGUUUUCUCAGCAAGCACUGCUUAAAUCGGCACCACACAAACCUAAAGCGAGGAGAAACGUGCUGCUUCGCACCGGUAACGUUGCAAACCCAUCGGCCGAAACCCUCCAUGGGCUGCACGGUCCAUCUUGCCUUAGAGAAGAGCAGAACCUGCUGCUGGAUGCAAAUCGUUGCUUUGUAGCCCGCAGUUCUGAGCAGCCUUGCUGGGCUCCUCACCGUUUAUUUCUGCCAUCUCUGUGCACAAAACAGGGCCCCAAAGCUGGGACACCCAGAGCUUCUCAGAGCGGGAACCAGUCGCCAACUUGCAAACAGACCGUGUUUCCUUGCCGUUCGUCAGCGGUAACGCUGCUGUGCAAACGUACAAGAACUAUGCUGGGAAAGCAAUAUAUUCUCAGUUUUUUUUCUAGUAAGAUGACUGGCUAGGAAAAGGACAGCUAGUACUGGAUGACCAGACAGAUUAAAACAAAAUGAUAAAAUACAAAAAAUACCCCCAUCACCAUUUAUCCUUCUUACAGCUGCCCUCAGGUGUAGCUCACACACUCUCAGAAGACUUCCCAGGCACAGAGCUGCUUAAAACCCGACGGCCCUUCGUGCUGUGUGUUAAAGUGUGCUGAAUGCUAAUGGGAGACUCAUCCCAGCUGAGGCUGCCCGUGGUGCCCUGCUGGGAAUGCUGCCCCGCGGCUCCGGCCCAGGGGGCAGGAGGGGUCUCAAAACCUGCCUUUAAUCACGAGAUUUGGGAUUUUAAUUCAACCUGACCUUGGUUUUGUGUUUAGCACCCAUAAAUUGCUCUUGAAAGCAAAACCCAGCCUGCUGGACCCGGUGUAUCAGAGAGGAGAGACCGAUUGCCGUCUCUGGGAUAAUUUGUGUUUUAAUCAGCUGGUGUAAGACGCAUGGAAAUGGAUGGAAAGCAGUGGAGUUGUAGAGCCAUGAAGAGAGCGGAGCUCUCUUGUCCCUUGGCAGGUCGCAAACCAAGCGACCGUCGUUACGUUGCAUUGUUUUACGGUCACAAGUCCCGUGUCCUGUCUCCUCAUGUGCUGGUGUAAGGGCGUGACGCACAGUAAGCCUGUACCAUUUUAGAGUUGUAAAUGUGAAGCUGGCUGUACAAUGCUGCUACAAAAGCCACACGUCAGUAGUGAAUGUAAAUGGAGUCUGUAACAUGGUGAAAAUGGACACGUUUUCUUUUCAAAUGUGAUGUAAACUUUGUACAGUAAAAAUUUUUUUUUAUAUUUUCUAUCAAUUGAGUGUCUUCCAGAAUUGCUAUUAAAUUAAUUAAAAACUGUUAGUAUUAACAACAGUUUCUGUAUUAGUUUAUGCAACCAGCAAAAAAAAAAAAGUGCACUCUAUGCUAAUGAAUUCUGGAUAUGUAGGAAUCUUUUCAGUGAAUAAAUUUUUGCUCUGGAUAAAGCAAG